AUGGCUAAUCAUUACUACAGACAGUAUCGUGGUGAACAUGUUUGUGUUGAUGCAAAUGCUGAGUCUGGAGAUCGUUCAAUUAGUAAAGGCGAAGCACAGUUUCAUUUUACUGAGUUUCAAUGUGGUGCCUUGCCAUGCAGUAAGUUCCCAUCAAAUCGAGAAGUUCCAUGUGUUGUCUGUUCGAGAGAGAGAGUUGGUGGCACUACAUAUGUGCACUGGGGUAAAAAGAGUUGCCCUAGUCCAUCGCAGCUUGUGUAUUCUGGCCACGCUGCUGGAGCAAAGAGCUCUGAACAGGGUGGUGGUGCAAAUCCUUUGUGCCUUGAUGGUAGUCCAUCGUAUGAUCUGCAGUAUAGUGAUGAUGAUCAAGAUGGUGCAAGGCUUUAUGGAGUUAAAUAUGGAACUAGUGGUUAUGGAUUAGGUGGCAGCUUUUCUUCUGUCUCUUCUUACACCAUACCUUGUGCAGUCUGCUUUACAUCAUCCGUGUAUUCUAUAACCAUGGUUUCAGGGAGAGGUGACUGCCCAAGAGAUUGGAAGAUAGAGUACAGCGGUUAUCUCUUUGCUGCACACUAUAGUCAUUAUAAGUCAAAUUGGGUGUGUAUUGAUGGGAAGCCUGAUACCUUAAGUUAUCACUCUGGUUCAGGUGGUUGGUGGUAUCCUACUGAAAUUGAAUGUGGUAGCAUUUCUUGUGACAAUGUGGAGGGUCGAUACAGUCAGAAUAAAGAAGUGAGUUGUGCUGUUUGUUCAGCAGAUUCUGAGAGGAAUAGUGUUGUCUACACAAGAUGGGGACGUUCUGACUGUCCUGCAGGCUCUCGGGUUGCCUAUGCGGGUCAGGCGGUUGGUUCUCAUUAUAACAGUCAAACUGGCAGUGGUGCCAAUGUCCUCUGCUUGCAUACUCGUGCUCUCUUUGGUCUAUAUGAUGUCUCUAAUCAUGACGGUGCCAGGCUGUAUGGCUAUGAAUAUGAACCUGGGGGCUUACGAGAUCAGGCACUCACGAGCCUUGGAAACCAUGAGGUUUCAUGUGCUGUGUGUGAGACUAUGGGAGCUCGAAGCAGUUUUACCAUUUUUGGUAGCUACAUUUGUCCAACUGGCUAUCACAGUGAUUACACUGGCUACAUGUUUGCACAUUAUUAUGGCGGGAGUAGCCAGCACAAAGGAGAAUUUAUUUGUAUUGAUCAAGAUCCUCAGUCUUAUGGACAAAGAGGCAGCUCAGGAGAUGACCAGGCACUGCUAUAUGCAGUGGAGCUGACACUUCUGUUUCUAGAUCACAUUAUUCACAUCAAGGAGGAGGCUAUAACUAUGUCUGCUUGGCAGCUGAACCCAAGAGAUAUAAUGAGGAUCCCUAUCACAGUGAUUUGA